AUGGAUGAGUGUGUCGGGGGAGGGGCAAGCCCAGAGGACGAGGGGCCGCGGUUUGGAGUUGGGCCACGGGCGCGUUGGGCGGAGUUGGCGGCUGGGAAUUGUGCGAGACGUGGAGGGUUUGCCGGACGAGGAGGUGGUGGCAUCAACGAUGGGGUUGAGCCCUGUGACGGCGCAGAAAAGGAAGAUGCUGGCACGGUAUCAGAGUACUCAUCGUCGCCUAUGGAGAAGCUGGGCACUGGCUGUAAAGAUAUCGCUGGCGAUGCCUUCGGCGUUGUUUGCUCCUCGCUAGGCUGGUCAGCAUUGGAGGGACUCUGGGAACUGGACGCUGGCGAGGCUAUCGACGCUAAUGGCGGCAUGGAGCCUUUGCCAGUAGCCUCCCGAGCAGCUGACGGGGUGUCUUCCGAGGAGAUGGCUCCGAUAUGUUCCCCCCGAUCGAGCCUCGCGGCGUCCCGAUGA